CCUCGCUAAUCAAUAAAUGUCACCGAUCAAUCAGACUGCCUUUGCUGCGUCUUUGUUUAGGAUCAAGGUUGAUGCAGUAAAGCAAAGAUGAGGCAUCACCUGAGUCACAUGACUCUUGUUGCAUCACCUGAUCCCUUGAACUCAUCAAUAUUUACGCCGCUGACACUCGAGUCUGCGACCCGCAGCCAAUCAGGGCUCGGCUGCCCCGUCAGGUGGAGCGGUGUGCUGGUUGCCACGGUGACGUGGGUGCAUGGCGAAGCCGCAGGUGGGGUGAUGUCGUCCAGCGGUUUGAGCCACAGGAGCAGAUCUGUAGAUGUCCAUGAAGCUCUGCAAAGAGCCAAGAGGAGGUUCUGUGAGCUGCAGCUGCAAGUCCAACAAACCAGUUUGAACUUCUCUGAAGAGGCCAGCGAGUGUUCAUGGACCCCCAGCAAGGAGCUCAGGGACUCCCUGGUGGACAUGUACAGAAGUAAUCCCGGAGUGAACGAGGAGCUGAGGAGGCGUCUGCCCUCACCUUCCAGGCAGAACCCCAUCAGCGCCGACAGAUCCGAGAACUUCCUGACCCCAGAACUUCAAGGCUGGCCUGAGGUCCUCCAGGAGCUCCCUGUGCCCUCCUGCUCCUCCUCCUCCUCCUCCUCCUCUCCUGGGCCUCCUCUGUCCUCCAGGCUUGCAGGACAGAUGGAGGUGGACUCAUCCCCCAGCAGGGGCACCUCUCCUGGACAAAAGAGCAGCAGGGACCCCGCCCAUGACUCUGUUACACCUGCAGGACGUGUCAGCCCUGCUCUGGGAGCUCAGCUGGACAGCCCUGCUCAGAUCUGUGCUGCAGCUCGUCCUCACGGCUUCGAUGGAGACAAAAACGUCUCGCUCCUUCUGAAGGAGCUGGACGCCCUCAGAGAGGUCAACAACAAGCUUCAGGAGCAGCUGGCCCAGAAGGAGAAGGAGCUGCACGUGAAGGAGCUGGACGAGGAGCUGAAAGAGGAGCAGAGGGAGGCCCAGGGCUGGGACCGAGCAACAUCUCGGUUGGAGGAGGUGCUGGAGGCUCAGAAGGACCGGGAUCAGGCUCUGAUGUCACGACUCCUGCUGGCCAAUGAGGAGAGGGACGAGGCCUUGCUGCGUGUGCGGCGCCUCCAGCAGGCAGCUGAGUCAGAGAACGUCGCCCUGCAGGACACCAACACGGACUUGGACGAGCUCCUCCGGUCCGUCUGCCAAGCCGACUCCGUUCAGGAGGUCCGGCAGUUUGGUUCUGUUCUCGUCCAGCAGCUCCUGUCGGCCCGGCAACGGCGAAGCGACAUCACCGCUCAGGAGAUGAAGGCCGUGAUGGAGGAAAGAGACAAAUCUGUGGUGAAGUGGAAACGUCUGGAGGAGGAGCUGCUGCAGCAAAGAGAGCAGCUGGCCAGUCAGGAGGAGCUUCUGCGGCUGCAGCUGGAAAGAGACGCCGCCGUGGAGGAGAAACAUCGGCUGGAGGCGGAGAUCCGGGAGCUGCGAGCCAACCACAGGCUUCAGGAUCCCGGCUGCCCCUCUUCGCCUACUGAAGCUCCACCCCUCCUGCUCCAGCUGCAGCAGCUUUCCAAAGAGAAGCAGAAUGUGGAGGCGGAGCUACAACGUUGCCAAAAGGCGGAGUUAGAAGCCUGCGAGAGGGUCCGAAGGUUGGAGCGACUGGUGGAGGUGUUGAGAAGAAAGGUGGGAACGGGAAGUCUGCGGGCCGUCACCUGACCUUCACCUGACCUCACCUGACCUUCACCUGCACCUGCGUUUUCAUCUUAGCUGGAAUCGUGGCAAACAUCUGCCAGUUCUGCCGUCACAGUGAGAGGGCCACUCACCUGUGCUAACCUGAAAUGUUCACACCAUCUUCACCUGUGUUGUACCUGCCCUUCUCUGACCUCACCUCGCUCCACCUGAAGUGCUGACUGAGGUGAAGCAGACUUUUUUUGUGUUGCUCCGCCUGUUCUGUGUUUCUUCAUAAAUGUGGAAUAAAUGGAUCAGAUCCA